AUGGAGAAGUGUGAUCAGCGUGCCCGAAGCAUGGAGAGGGAGUCCGAGAGGCAGCCCAUGAAGCAAGGUGAUCUCGGAGAGAAGAAGGAGCAGAGGCAACGGCAGGCCUGCAGCCGUAGCCGCAGCGCCGCCCGUCAGGGCGAAAGCGGCGGGGCGGGCGAUCAGCAGGUACGAAGCCAGAGCCAGAAUCCCACAGGGCGGCGGCGACACCGGCAGCAUCGCCGGAGGUACGUGCGUCGCUUGGAUUCAAUCAGUUGGGCGAGUGGGAAAGGGCAGGGUUCCAGGUUUGACAACUUGACUCAGACUUUCGGGUCUUCAGAUUGGCUGGAAGUGGGUGUGACUACCCUUUCCGCGGGCUCGAGAUUUGAACAAUUUUCACAAACCCCGCCCAUAGAGAACAUGGAGAUUCCGUGGUUUGCGUCUCUGGUGCACUCUCCGCAAGACGCAGAGGGAGGAUGCCGAGUCGGUGCGGCAGAAAUGGCAACGCCCGAUCCGCCCUGUUGA